AUACGAGAACGUAACCCUGUGAUCCACGGCGACUGGCGAGUCAGACCCGCCGCCGGGCAGGGGUCCGCGCCGAGGCGGAGGAGCAGCGAGCGGCGAGCGAGCCCGGUGAGGUUCGCUAGCCCCAUGCGCCGGCGGAGCUCGGCGACGGGGGAGGCGGCGGCGGACGCGACCGGGCAGCGCUGGCUGCUGGAGCCCAGCGAUUCGUGCUUCGCGUCGCCGCAGCCCGCCGGCUCCUUCACGGAGCUCUCCGCCGGCUGCUACCAGUACAAGGCCAGCCCCGAGCAGCUCUACCUCGACCUGGACCGCUGCAACAGGGCUCUCCGGGUGCUGCUGGAGCAAAACUCCGCGCUCAAGAGCCAGCUCAAAGCAGCACUAGCAGCACAAGAAGAAGCCAACUGCAAGCAAACGCCGUCGACCUUGGAGAGAGAGGAAAUGUUGCGGAAUAAGAUAAAGAGGUCGCUGAGUCGCAUGGCGGACCAAGAGAUGGCCGUGGCGGCGUAUUGCGACGUGUUGCGGGAGGUGGGAAGGGCGCUGGGGCUAUGGGAGAAGAUGGUGAUGCAACUGAGACGCGAGACGAUGCGAGAGCAAGAGGAGACUCUCUUCCUGGAGGAUCAGCUGGGCUACGAGGUGGCGACGUUCGAGAUAGAGAGAAAGCUGCUUCUCGCAGAUUUGGAUAUGCAGGCCAAGGAGGCAGAACGCACCAUUGGAGAGUUGCACCAGCAACUAGACUCCGCCGAACGCAGGAUGCGGUGGACUAAGAAUAAGGCUGACGCCCGAAUUGCAGAGUUAAGUCUUGUCAUAGCCACGUCACACCUCGAUGUGGAACGUCUACAACAAGAAAAUGAUAUUCUAAGAAAUCAGUUGGUGAUCGAGAGGCAAAGCAGGAAAGACAUAUAAACAGAAAGAAGAAACUUCCUUUUAGCUUCUUAUGUCGAUUGAAAAACAUUACCUUUCACGCAACUCUUCUUCAAUGGCGCAAACCAAGACGAAGAACACUACACUUUACUCUUUUGGAAAUAAAAUUUAAAAUGAAAUUUGUUCUGAAUUUCUUUUCAAAUUUCUAACUAAAGCUCUGUUAUAAUGAAAAUAAAUUUGUGCAACUUAUGCUGAAUAUUUAUUCUUAUAAGUACGGUGUAAAAGAGAGCAUAAUUUUAAGUUUUAUUCCUGUUGCCAAUUCACAACCGAAAUGCACUUUGAGCAUGAAAUCAUGUCAUUAGUUUCUUUUCAUUGUCAAAGACGAUCUGAUGAGCUCGAAAUAAAUCGAAUAAAUGUAUUAGUUCGGUGUUUGUGUUUUCU